CCACCUCCACUCCAUCCCGCGAAUAAUCUCAUAAUUUAUUCCAAAUAUUUUCAACCACACCACCAAAGCCAGGCCCAGAACUGUUGCCACUGCAAAUAGCUAGAACGGCUUCAUGGCUUCAUUAAUGGCUUCCGGUGACUCUGAGAGUGACUCCGUAAUACAAUACUAGACAUAGACACACUCUUCCUUGGCGGUUGGUAGGGCAUACUCCUCGCUGCCUCUCUCUCUCAUUAAACGUUCCACCAUCUUCUUCUUCUUCUUCAAGCCCGCUCUCUGUUCGCAGAGCAUUCUUAAGUUUCUUCUCUUCUGUUCGAUUCCACUGAGCAGAAAAGAGAAAGAUAUUUUCAGUUUUGUUUGUUGGGUUUUUGAAGUUUGCAAUUUUAUUUGGUGGGUUUUUCACUUUUUCUUGAGUUGCUCAAAUUUUCUAUCUUGGUGGAGAAAAGAAGAAUUUUCAGAGAAAUGGCGAAGACCAAGAAGAAUCUCCAUUGACGACCAUGAAGUUGUUCUCUGUAACUGAAACGGCAAUGGGGGCGAGAGCCCAAGUCGGCGCCUUUGCAGUAACGCUAAUCUUGUUCGUGAUUCAGAGCGGUUUUGCGCAGCAGGUUUCUUUGAGCUCCGCCGUGGAACGGUCGGCGUUACUGGAGCUCCGCUCGUCGUUGGGUCUCAGAAGCAAAGACUGGCCCAUAAAGGCCGACCCUUGUUCGUCCUGGACGGGAGUCACAUGCAGCAAGAACGGCCGAGUCACUGGGGUCACCGUGUCCGGUUUGAGGCGAACCCGACUGGGCCGGAGAAACCCCCGGUUCGCCGUCGAUUCACUGACUGAUUUCACCCUCUUGUCUAUUUUCAACGCCUCCGGGUUUGCGCUUCCCGGGUCCAUACCCGACUGGUUCGGCCAAAGACUUGGCGCACUCCAGGUGCUCGACCUUAGGUCUGCAUCAGUCACUGGUCCUGUUCCUCAGUCGCUCGGUGAUUUGAAAAAUCUUACCGCUUUGUAUUUAUCUGCCAAUGGCAUCACUGGGAUUUUGCCUUCUGCAUUGAUAAAUAUAACACAGUUGGAAAUUCUUGAUCUUUCGAGGAAUGCGAUUACUGGGUCAAUACCUUCUGGCUUUGCCAAUCUUGGAAAGCUUGAAAGUCUUGACCUUUCUUCAAAUUUUUUAUCUGGGCCAGUUCCACCAGGUUUGGGAACCCUUUCAUGGCUUAAAUUCUUGGACUUGUCUGAUAACAGUCUCACCGAUUCGAUUCCGGUUCAGUUUAGUAACCUUUCCCGGUUAGUUGAGCUUAAUCUUACCACGAAUUCGUUGUCCGGGUCAUUGCCUGCGGAGUUGAGAGGGUUGAGGAGUUUGAGGAGGAUGGAGAUUGGAGAUAAUAACCUUGAAGGUCCAGUACCGCAGGGUUUGUUUUCGAGUCUUGUUCAGCUGGAAGUUCUGGUUCUGAGUCGGAAUAAAUUUGAUGGUGCUCUUCCCGGUGCAUUGUGGUCACUUCCCAGUUUGCGCUUUCUUGAUGUAUCCCACAACAAUUUUACAGGAACUCUGCUGGGCCUCGGUUCAAAUGCUAGUGUUAGUGGUGCUGUGUUCAACCUUUCUAGUAAUCUGUUAUAUGGAAAUCUGACCUUCCCUGUUGGGAAAUCUGUCUCAGUCGAUUUGUCUGAUAAUUUUUUCCAAGGCAAGGUAGUCGAAGAUAGUCUAAGCAAUGGUACUCUUACUGGAAAUUGCCUACAGAUAGUACCAAAUCAAAGGAGUUUGCAGGAUUGUAGACAGUUUUAUGAAGAGAGGAGUUUAACUUUCGAUGAUUUUGGGGUCCUACAACCAGCUCAGCCACCUUUCCUAGAACCCAAAUCAAAGAGUAAGAACCGAUUAACAUUUAUUUUGGUUGGGAUAUUUGGUGGACUUGGCUUUGUUGUGAUUUUGGUACUGGUUCUGGUAGUGCUCCUGAAAAUGUGCAAUAAAGGCACAAAUCAACGAGGAAGUGCAAAUGUUGGGCCUGUUCCAGGAGAUGACCCUUCACUCCCCAAAGAUCUCAUCUACGCAUCAAGUCGAGGAGAUUCAUUUACGUAUGAGCAGAUUCUCCAGUUCACUGGUGCUUUCAGUGAAACAAAUCUUAUAAAACAUGGACACUCUGGAGACAUAUACCGGGGAUCCUUAGCAAGCGGAACCCAUGUUGUUAUCAAAAGGGUAAAUUUGCAUUCCUUAACGAAAGAAUCAUACACGAUAGAAAUGGAUUUAUUAGACAAGGUUUCACAUACGAGAUUGGUGCCAAUUUUGGGUCACUGUUUAGAGCAUGAGAACGAGAAGCUUCUGGUUUACAAAUACAUGCCAAAUGGAGACUUGGCUCGUUCCUUGCACAGGGUUACCAACUUAGGAGAUGGUAAUUUACAGUCCCUGGAUUGGAUUACAAGAUUAAAAAUUGCAAUUGGAGCCGCUGAAAUCCUAGCUUACCUACACCAUGAGUGCAGCCCUCCGCUCGUUCACAGAGAUGUUCAAGCAAGCAGUAUACUUCUUGAUGAUAAAUUUGAGGUCCGGCUUGGAAGCUUGAGUGAGGUCCGUGUGCAAGAAGGGGAUGGUAACCAAAAUGUGAUCACGAGAUUGUUGCGGAAACAACAAACAUCGGAACAAGGCCCUUAUGCCUCGUCAUCAGCUGCUUGUGCAUAUGAUGUAUACUGUUUUGGGAAGGUAUUGCUUGAGCUUGUGACGGGUAAGAUUGGCAUCAGCAAAUCCAAUGAUUCCUCUACAAGAGAGUUGUUGGAGCACAUGGUGCGCUACAUCAGCAUAUAUGACAAGGAACUGUUGAAUAAGAUUGUUGACCCGUCUCUGAUACUAGACGAAGAUCUAUUGGAAGAAGUUUGGUCUGUGGCAAUUGUGGCCAGGUCCUGCCUCAACCCCAAGCCGUCUAAGCGUCCCCUGAUGAGAUACAUCCUUAAAGCAUUGGAAAACCCUCUAAAGGUGGUGAGAGAAGAGAGUUCCAGCUCUGGAAAGCUGCAAACAGCUUCAUCGAGAAAAUCCUGGAGCGCUACUUUCUUUGGUAGCUGGCAUCAUAGUUCAUCAUCAGAGAGCGCCACUGUUCCUGGCCAGACGAGCAGAGAGAGUAUCAGUGGCUCAAAACAGUCGGGGCUAGUAGGUGGAGGGGAGUUCUCUGCAUCACACAAAAGGUUAUCAAAUGAAAUUUUCCCUGAGCCAAUUGAAAUACAAGAUCUCGAGAGACAAGACGAACAUUAGAUAUGAACGAUGGCGUAGUCUUCACAUUGACCAGCAUCAUUGCUCUGCGUCCGGGUUAUGCGGCUCGAUGGGGAUGCUCCGAUAGAGAUGACGAGCUAUUUGACAGAUUGGAAAUGCACAGUGAAGUUGGUAUUUAAAUUGAGCGAGAUUGUUAUUGAUAUGAUAAGCUUGUUAAUUGAAGAAAACAAGCUGCAAAGCUCUGCAACUGGUGCUUUAUAAAAGAUCCAACGAGCAGAAAUUGUUAAUGAAUUUUGUUAUACAUGGAAGAAUUUUCAUGGUUGUCAAAAUUCAAACUUCAUCA